CCUCUCCCUCCUGCGCCGCCAUGCUCGUCAAGGCGCUGCUGUCGCUGGGCUUGCUCGCCGGAGCCCUGGCAACUCCCACCCCUCCUCCCGUCCAGCAUCGUCCCAUCACCGACUAUCUCUGGCCCAUGCCCAGACAGGUCGUCGAUGCCAACGCCACGGUUGCCUGCAACGACUUCUGGAUCGACAUCAAGUCCAACAACCCCGAUGUCUUCAACAUCGUCUCCAACGCCUUUGACCGCUUCCAGAACUCGGUCUCGGUCAAGACCCACGGCAAGUGGGGCGGCUCCACUCUGCCCGUCACCAUCCAUGUCGCCGACGAGACCAAGGCCAGCACCCCCGCCGCUCUCGCCGGCAUCGACGAGUCGUACUCCCUCCAGGCGACAAAGUCCGGCAUCGUCAUCAAUGCCACCACCCAGGCCGGUGCCGUCUAUGGCCUCCAGACCCUCAGCCAGCUGGUCACCCCCGAUGCCAACCUGGUCCUCGGUAGCAUCACCGACUCUCCGCGCUUCCCCUACCGCGGCAUCCUGCUCGACACGGCUCGCAACUACUUCCCCGUCGAGGACAUCAAGCGCAUCCUCGAUGGCCUGGCGUACUCCAAGAUCAACGUCAUGAAGUGGCUGCUCUACGAGGCCCAGUCCUUCACGAUCGUCUGGGACAAGUACCCGGUGCUCUACCAGGAGGGCGCCUACAAGGAUGCCCAGGGCAAGCCCAAGGUCUUCACCAAGCAGGACAUUCAGGACGUCAUCAACUACGCCUUUGAGCGCAACAUCCGCAUCAUCCCCGUGUUCGAGACCCCCUCGCACAACGGCAUGUUUGGUCUCGUUGACCCCAGCUUCGUCUCUGGCUGGAAGCACGCCCCCUUUGACGGCGACAGCUACGACUGGGCCAACAGCAGCUACCCCGCCGGCACCAUCGUCUGGUUCGGCCGCCAGUACUGCUUCGGUCCUCCCUGUGGCGGUCUCGAUCCUCGUGUCCCCGGCGCCCUGAACCUCCUCACCGAGUUCCUGACUGAGGUCGGCAGCUGGUUCCCCGAUCCCGUCAUCCACGUCGGCCACUCUGAGGCCAACCCGCGUCUCUACGGUGUCGUUCCCGACAGCUGGGAUAUUGCCGACCAGUCCACUCUCGAUCCCUUCAUGCGCGCCUUUGAGCCUCAGCUGGUCAACAUCCUCAAGAGCAUCAACAAAAAGUACGGCGCCUGGGAUGUCAUUACCACCCUCGGCAUGAUGGAUCUCGUUCCCAAGGAUGGCAUCAUUACUCUCGGCGAGCUCGGCGGCGAUCCGGUCGGCAUCAUCGAAACCCUGGCUGCCGCCGGAUUUGAAAACGUCGUCGUCAGCCCCGAUCCGUUCUACUUCCUCGACUGCUCCCCCUCGCAGAGCUGGUGCCUGUACGACUACGAGGCCGUCUCCCCCGCCGACACCUACAACCUCCCCGGCUACAUUGUCUCUCCCGGCCAGUGGCACAACUGGACAAAGAUCUACACCUACGACCCUCUUGACGGCCUCUCUCCCGCUGCGGCCAAGACCGUCAAGGGCGGCUUCGGCACCAUGUGGGCCGAGACCCUCAAGCGUCACAACAUCGACCGCUUCAUCUUCCCGCGUAUCGCCUCCAUCGCCGAGCGCAUGUGGACCUACGAUGCCGUCGCCCUCAACAACAAGACCGGCGUCCGUCUCGACCGCUUCCGUGCCUCGCUCGUCAACGAGCUCAAGAUCGCUGCUGCCGACAUCAACUACCUCGGCAACCAGGAGGGCAUGAUCUACCGCCCCGAGUACUGCGACACCCAUCUCAACACCCCCGACCAGACCGUCAGCGCCUUUGUCUUCAUCGGUGCUCCUCUGACCGACCGCGACGGCAACCCCCCCGUCGAUCCUCUGCAAUCGCACUAUGCCGCCCACGCCGACUGGUGCAAGAUCGCCUCGCUCUACACCACCAACAGCUUUGUCUACACUGCCCCCAACCCUGUACCUUAUCCUUACUAAAUCUGAACCCAGUCCCCCCCCCUUCUCUAUGAACUCUCUCCAGCAAAAUAGCCACCCCACAUCUAUGGCGCACUUUGGCAUGUCUAUGGUGAUUACUCGCUUAUAUCUAUAGGCCCCCACUUGCGAAUACAGUCCGUCUAAAUAUACUACUAUCCACAAA